AUGGUUGCGGACGUCCUCAGCGGCAUCUACGCGUGGGUCACUUCGCUCUGCUGCGCCGUCACCUGCUCGACCCAGUCGAUGCAGGUCAACGAGCGCAACCUCCGCGUCGUCAAGCUGCUGGCCGAGGGCGGCUUCUCGUUCGUGUACCUCGUCGAGGACGACGAGAAGAAGAAGUACGCGCUGAAGAAGGUGCUGGCGCAGCUGCCCGAGGCGUCGGAGCUCGCGCGCUGGGAGGUGCAGGUGCACCAGUCCUUCAAGCACGCCAACCUGAUGCCGUUGAUCGACCAUGCCGUCGUCUCGACGGCGAGCGGCGCGGAGGAGUUCCGGCUGCUGAUGCCGCUCUACCCGGACGGCACGCUGCUUGACCUGGCGGUGCGGCUCAUGGAGGGCGGCAAGCGGCUCGAGGAGGGGCGGGCGCUCCACCUCUUUGCGCAGGUCUGCGAGGGCGUGCUCGCGCUGCACUCGCACUCGCCGCCGUGGGCCCACCGAGACAUCAAGCCGGCCAACAUCCUGCUGUCGGAGGGGGACGUGCCCGUGCUGAUGGACUUUGGCUCGGUGCUGCGGCGCGUCCGCAGCAUGCAGCAAGCCGUCAUUGACUUUUGA